AAAUGGCCCCGUAGGGCAACAAGGAUGGUUAGUUUUGACCGUGCUUAUUUGUGCCAUAAAAUAUUGAUCCUAAUUGGCAGCUAUUUGGGUUUUUAUAUUUGCCGACCUCCCGUUUUUGAGCCGUGGUCACUAAAUGAAGAGGUUCUGGCCUGGGAAGGCCCAUGCAUUCCUUCAAUUGGAUGGGGAGCUGGGACAGUGUCUCUGGCGAUAGCGAGAAUAGGAGGGAAUGUUGACCAGGGAGCACCGCUGCGGCCGUUCAGAGGAGCAGGAACCGGAGCCCGGGUUGAGUCCGAAAAAAGCCGGAUCCAGACGGUGGCCCCGGAACGGCUGCAAUUGGAAGAUGGAGGAGCCGGAGGAACCGGCGGACAGUGGGCAGUCGCUGCCUCCAGUUUACAUCUACAGUCCCGAGUAUGUCAGCAUGUGCGACUCCCUGGCCAAAGUCCCCAAACGGGCCAGUAUGGUACAUUCUUUGAUUGAAGCAUAUGCACUGCAUAAGCAAAUGAGGAUAGUUAAGCCCAAAGUAGCCUCCAUGGAGGAGAUGGCCACCUUCCACACUGAUGCCUAUCUGCAGCAUCUCCAGAAGGUCAGCCAAGAAGGAGAUGACGACCAUCCGGACUCCGUAGAAUAUGGGCUAGGUUAUGACUGCCCUGCCACGGAAGGGAUAUUUGACUAUGCAGCAGCUGUAGGAGGGGCCACGAUCACGGCUGCGCAGUGCCUCAUUGACGGAACGUGCAAAGUAGCAAUUAACUGGUCUGGAGGGUGGCAUCAUGCAAAGAAAGAUGAAGCAUCUGGUUUUUGUUAUCUCAAUGAUGCUGUCCUGGGAAUAUUACGAUUGCGACGGAAAUUUGACCGUAUUCUCUAUGUGGAUUUGGAUCUGCACCAUGGAGAUGGUGUAGAAGAUGCCUUCAGUUUCACCUCCAAAGUCAUGACAGUGUCCCUGCACAAAUUCUCCCCGGGAUUUUUCCCAGGAACAGGUGACGUGUCUGAUGUUGGCCUAGGGAAGGGACGGUACUACAGUGUAAAUGUGCCCAUUCAGGACGGCAUACAGGAUGAGAAGUAUUACCACAUCUGUGAAAGUGUACUAAAGGAGGUAUACAUAGCCUUUAAUCCCAAAGCAGUGGUCUUACAGCUGGGAGCUGAUACGAUUGCUGGGGAUCCCAUGUGCUCCUUUAACAUGACUCCAGUGGGAAUUGGCAAAUGUCUUAAGUACAUCCUUCAGUGGCAGUUGGCAACACUCAUUUUGGGAGGAGGAGGCUAUAACCUUGCCAACACGGCUCGAUGCUGGACAUACUUGACCGGGGUCAUCCUAGGGAAAACACUAUCCUCUGAGAUCCCAGAUCAUGAGUUUUUCACAGCAUAUGGUCCUGAUUAUGUGUUGGAAAUCACGCCAAGCUGCCGGCCAGACCGCAAUGAGCCCCACCGAGUCCAGCAAAUCCUCAACUACAUCAAAGGGAAUCUGAAGCAUGUGGUCUAGUUGACAAAAAGAGAUCAUGUUUCCAGAGCCGAGGAGCAGUGCUGGUAAUGAAGACAGCGUGUUUAUGCGAGCAGCGUGUGGAAUUUGUGACUGCAGGGGAGAUUUGGAAGAAAUUACUUCCUGAAAAUUUCCAAGGGGCACCAAGUAGCAGCUGGCCUCCUGGGGUGAGGCAGGCAGGCACCCCAGAGGCCUCAACUAGGCCUAGGGGAAGAGAGAGAUUUCCAGCAUUUGAAGUGUUUAUUUUUUAAAAAACACACAAAUGCCGUUUUUAAUCUUUGAAAAUUAUUUUUAAGCAAGUCGGGGAGGGGGCAUUUUUAUUUUCUUAAAGGAGACAUCAGAUGCUGGAGAAAAGCGUGGAGCUUUGGUCACUGGUUUGCGGGGUGGGGGGAGCCAGGAGCAGGGUUUGGGCCUCAGGACCAUCCAGAUGGAGUCUUAGGGGAGGGGGACUGAUUGGCAGACUGGGAGGUGGGGAGAAAUCUACCUGUGUUGUUUUUAGGAUUCUGGAUCUAUUUUGUUUUUUAAUAAAAUCUUUGAAAACCUA